GUGACCUGUCAAAAAAACGAAAUACACUGGUGGAUUUCCCGGCUAGGUUGGCAAAAAACAACAACAUAGGAUUAUUGUUUGUCUGCAUGAGCACCCCGAUGAGGUUUAUAUAAAUACAGGGAAUCUCUGUGUAUGCCAGCUGACCAGCGCACUGAUCAGCAAAAUGAGCAGCGGAGGAAUGGUGGAGAGUAGCAAGCCUCCAAAGAUUGGCUCUACAGUAGAGGUGACAGGGAAGGGUCAGCGUGGCACUGUUGCCUACAUCGGCGCCACCCUCUUUGCCUCUGGGAAAUGGGUGGGUGUCAUACUAGAUGAACCUAAAGGCAAGAAUGAUGGCACCGUGCAGGGGAAACGCUACUUCACCUGUGAGGAAAAUCAUGGGAUAUUUGUCAGACAGUCACAGAUUCAGGUGGUGGAAGAGGGCUCCAGUGCCACCUCACCAGAUACUCCUGAGAGUGGCACUGCCAAGAUGCUUAAACUAAAAGACAUUGCUGAGACUCCGAAAACAUCCAAACAGACACCAAUGAAUGUUAAGAAGUCUUCUACCCGCCGCUCUGCCAAGUGGAGCAUGCCACGUCUGGCGCCUGCCACCUCCCUCCCCUCCCUCUUGGUACGUUCAACCGGCCGCCCCAGCCUGCAGCUGAUGGCAUCUCGUGAGAGCCUUUCGUCCUCUCUGUCUGGUGAUGUCAGUGAGGUCGGUCUGUCCUCCCACCAGGGUGCACUGGGAGCUCCUGUCGUGCCUCAGCCCAGCGGGUCACCUGCGCCAGCCGCAGCCCCAGUCCCGGCUACUCCGAGCAAGGUGGAACCUGCUAUUUCCAAACAGGAAGAGGAUUCACUGCGAGCUCAGGUCAAAGACCUGGAGGAGAAGCUGGAGACACUGAAGAUGAAGAGGACAGAGGACAAGGCCAAACUGAAGGAGCUGGAAAAACACAAGAUCCAGCUGGAGCAGCUUCAGGAAUGGAAGAUCAAAAUGCAGGAGCAGCAGACUGAUCUGCAGAAACAACUUAAAGAAGUCAAGAAGGAAGCCCGUGAGGCACAGGAGGCCAAGGACCGCUACAUGGAAGAGAUGGCAGACACGGCGGAUGCCAUCGAGAUGGCAACACUGGACAAAGAGAUGGCCGAGGAGCGAGCAGAGUCGCUGCAAGUGGAGGUGGACACACUGAAGGAGAAAGUCGAGGAGCUCUCCAUGGACCUGGAGAUCCUUAGACAUGAGAUAUCAGAGAAAGGCUCAGAUGGAGCUGCCUCAAGUUACCAUGUGAAACAGCUGGAGGAGCAAAAUGGCAGACUGAAGGAGGCGCUGGUCAGGAUGCGUGACCUGUCUUCUUCAGAGAAGCAGGAGCAUGUGAAGCUGCAGAAGCAGAUGGAGAAGAAGAACACUGAGCUGGAGACUCUGAGGACUCAGAAGGAAAAACUGCAGGAAGAAGUCACGCAGGCAGAGGCCACUGUCGAUGAACUGAAAGAGCAGGUGGAUGCUGCUCUGGGGUCAGAGGAGAUGGUUGAGACUCUAACAGAGAGGAACCUUGACUUGGAGGAGAAAGUCCGAGAGCUGAGAGAAACAGUCACUGAUUUGGAGUCGAUCAACGAGAUGAACGACGAGCUCCAGGAGAAUGGCAGGGAGACUGAAAUGGAGCUGAGAGAGCAGCUGGACCUGAGUGGCGCAAAGGUCAGAGAGGCUGAAAAAAAGGUGGAGGCUGCCCAGGAGACUGUCGCUGAUUACCAGCACACCAUCAGCAAAUACAGGGAGCUCACUACGAGGCUGCAGGAUGACAACAGAGAGCUGAUCAGCCAGCAGAAUGCCAAUGCUGAACAAGUUCAGCAACCACCUGCAGAUCUGUUUGACUUCAAGAUCAAGUUUGCAGAGACCAAAGCAUACGCCAAGGCCAUUGAGAUGGAGCUGAGGAAAAUGGAAGUGGCCCAGUCAAACAGACAGGUGUCCCUCCUCACCUCCUUCAUGCCAGACUCCUUUCUCCGCCAUGGUGGAGAUCAUGACUGCAUACUGGUCCUUCUUCUCAUCCCCAGGCUCAUCUGCAAGGGUGAGCUCCUCAGCAAACAAGCCCAGGAGAAGUUUGACUUGAAUGGGAACGUGACGCAGGGGACGGGGCUCAGAGGGCCUCCUGGAGAACAGCGUAGCUUUGCCACGGGACUGGUUUACUCCCUCAGCCUGCUGCAGGCCACCCUGCACAAAUAUGAACAGGCUCUGAACACCUGCAGCGUAGAAGUUUUUAAGCGCAUGGGGACACUUUACUCUGAAAUGAAUUUCCAUGAGCGCUCCCUGGAUUAUUUCAUCGACCUGCUGCAUAAAGAUCAGCUAGAUGAGACCGUGCAGGUGGAACCUUUGACCAAGGCCAUCAAGUACUAUCAGCAACUGUACAGCGUCCAUCUGGCAGAUCACACCGAGGACUGCACCGUGCAGCUGGCCGACCACAUCAAGUUUACCCAGGGUGCCUUGGACUGUAUGGGGGUGGAGGUCGCUCGUCUGCGGGCGUUCCUGACUGCAGGUCAGGAGAGCUCCGGCCUUGCUGUGCUUCUGAAGGACCUGGACACGUCCUGCUCUGAUAUCCGACAGUUCUGUAAGAAGAUCCGCCGUCGCAUGCCUGGAACAGAUGUGGUCGGAGUACCCGCAGCUCUCAAUUUUGGACCACAGGUGUCAGAGUCGCUGACAGAGUGCAGGCGCCAGCUGACUCGCGUUGUGGCCGUGCUGCAGGAGUUGGCUGCAGCGGGGUCUCAGAUGGUUGCUCCGCUGGCAGAGCAGGAGGGUCUCAACGCUCUCAGACUGGAGGAUAUUGCCUGCAAGGCUGUGGAGCAGGUAUAUGGCUCCCAUGGCCUGAGUGGCCCAGAGUGUCUGCGUCAGUCCUGCUGCUCCGUCGUUGCUACCAUGAACAAGAUGGCUACGGCCAUGCAGGAAGGAGAAUAUGAUGCUGACAAACCUCAGGGCAUGUCUCCUCCUGUGGAGAUGAGAGCAGCCACCGUCAGGGCUGAGAUCACCGAUGCUGAGGGUCUCGGAGUUAAACUAGAAGACAGAGAGACGGCCAUCAAGGAGCUGAAGAAGUCUCUCAAGAUCAAGGGUGAGGAGCUGAGCGAGGCCAACAUCCGCCUGAGCCUGCUGGAGAAGAAGCUGGACACCUCCACCAAAGACGCAGAUGAACGGGUGGAGAAGAUUCAGACCAAACUCAACGAGAAUCUCGCCCUGCUGAAGAAGAAAGAAAAGGAGUUUGAGGAGACAAUGGACGCCCUGCAGGCUGAUAUCGACCAGCUGGAGGCAGAGAAGGCAGAGCUGAAACAACGCAUCAAUAACCAAUCAAAGAUGACCAUCGAAGGACUGAGAGGCCCACCUGCCUCUGGGAUUGCCUCCAUUGUUCAAGGAUCCACAGGAGUAGGUCUGGCUCCAUCCAUGGCAGGGCCACUGGAGGUGGUGGACUCCCCUCUCCUCAGGCAGCAGGUUGAGGCUCAGAGACUGGGCAUCAAACACCUCAAGAAUGAGAACAACAGACUCAAGGCGGAGAAGAUUAGAGCCCAGCUGGCCUCCCUGCCUCCACUCUGCCCUCCCAAACUGCCACAAGUGUCCAAAGAAAGCUCCAUGCCUCCGGUGGGACUGAACACUGGCAUCUAUCGCAGGACUGACCAACUGCUGGCAACGCUGCUCAAGCUGAGUGCAGAGUUUAAAGUGGUAGACAUCACCGGGAAGACAGCAGUUAGUGCCAGUUCCCAGCUGCUGGAGCAGACGGCUCGACUGCAGAACCUCAGUGAUGCCCUGGACAAACUCAAGGGAGAAGUAACUGAACAUGUAGUCACACACCAGCGUGGAGCAAAGGCGUCCUCUGACUUCGCCACUUUCCCGGUGUCGUCCUUUGUCAAGGCCAAGGAAGAGAAGCAGGGAAGAACUGUGCUCGUGGGUCGUGUUUCCUUCCCAUGCACCCGCGGACAGGAACAGGUUCACCGCCUCGUCCUAUCACAGCAGCAGCUGCAGCAGGUGCACUGCCUCCUCAUGGCAUAAGAGGGAAUGCCAUCGACCCACAGCCAAGAAAAUCUUUAUCUUCAUUCCAGCUUCCACUUGACUUCAACAUUUUCCUCUAUUUUCCCCUUUUGCUUUUCACUAUGCUCAGGAAAAUAUAUCCAGUGUUGAAAAAGUUAAGAGAGCACUAAUAAAGACUAAGGCACAGGCCACAUACAAGUGACUGGUGUUUGAAUAUAAAGUCCAAAGUGGAUCUGACUUUUUUUAAAUCAGUGAAACAGUUUGUAUGCACCAAUUUUGCCAAGCAUGUGGGAAUUGGUAAAACUAAUCUUUUUACUGUACUUACACCUAUUUAGUUUCCUCUUUGUAUUUGUAAUAAAAGAUAUUUAUAACCAAGUUUUUCCCUCUUACAUCACAAACUGCAGCUUGGUAUAACAAUUUAUUUGUACCAAUUCAGACAAUAAAUAAGGACAUUCACGUCAGAGUAACA